AUGCGUGGGUUUCUUCUCUCAAUCCUUCAGCUUGUCUGCAUCUGCAUCGCCGACAUCCCUUCCUGGGACUCGUGGCCUCAUCAACGCAUUGAAGUAAAUGAAGACGUUAGCAUUCACAUGCGCUAUUAUGGCACUGGGCCUCCUGUCCUCCUAAUCCAUGGAAACCCUCAAUAUAGUCUCUCCUACUCUGCCAUCGCCUCCAUCUUGGCUAACAACUACACCGUGAUUUGUGCCGACAACCGUGGCACCGGCGACUCUUUAAUUCCAGCAGACGGCAACUAUACCGCCUCUGCACACGCCGAUGACUUCAAAGCAAUACUCGACUUCCUGGAAAUAAACUCAACCUACAUCUUCUCACACGACAAGGGCUCUGGAAUUGCAGCUGCGUUUGCGGCCAAGUAUCCUUCUUCCGUGAAGAGAAUCGGCUUCUCUGAGUAUGCCCUUCCCGGCUUCGGAUACGAGGAGUUCUGGACUCCGAGCUCCGGCGGGGUCAUCGGCUGGGACUUGUACGAGAAUUGGCAGCUUGGUUUCUUCAGUGUCCCGGACGCAGCACAAUACUUCAUCCAAGGCCGCGAGAAGGAGAUGCUAGCUUGGUACUUCUGGCACGCUUCAUACGCCGGCAACGAAGCUAUCAGUGAGGACCAUUUGAAUCGCUACGCAACGUCCAUCUCGAAACCGGGAUUCCUGCGAAGCAUGCUGAACAUAUUCUCCGUAUCGACGGUUACCCAAGACGCUUCGUUCUUCACCGCGUCACUUGGUGAUCACCCGUUGCCAAUGCCGGCGUUGGCUCUUGGAGGCGAGGCGAGUUUUGCGCCGGAGGAUGUGUUGCAGCAAAUCUUUGGGUCGGUGGCGAGUGACCUUCAAGUUGAUGUAGUGCCAAAGGCUGGCCAUUGGGUGUUGGAUGAAAAUCCUGAAUGGGUGGCUGAUCGGUUGUUCAAGUUCUUUGGGGAGGAUUCCCAGGGUAUCCCAAGUGUAGAUUUGUCUUUUUUGGAGGACCAGGUGACACUUGUUUGA